AUGUUGUUUGAGAAACUCAAGAUUUAUAACACUCCAGCCAAAUUAUUAGAAAAAUUACGUGAAGUUCGUAAAAUCUAAGAAACAGAAGAGAAAGAACAAGUUAAUUAGGUCUCAAAAAUUUAAAAAACUGAACCCUCAUCAGAGAGAUAUCUUGUAAGACAAUUAAGUUUUUAACAUACUUGGAAUUCUCUAACACAUAAAACCCCUACUUUAAAAUCAAUUCAUAUCAAAUCAUAAGCUGAUAUUUAAAAAAUUCAAUUAUCUUCUCCUAAAUUGAGUUCUUAUGCUCGUUUAACUGAUUUUUAAACUUAACAAAAAAGAUAAAUAAAAACAACUUAAGAUGAUGAUAGUAUAGAGUUGAAAGACUUAUAAAAGAAUUUAGAAUAGGAAACAAUAUAAGAACUACGUAGUGAGGAUUAAAAACUAAUAGAGUAACUAAAUGAAGAGGCUUAAGUAUUAUCAGAAAGGUUGGGGUUUAAAGAAGAGAUAAGUCCUAUUCGUCCUUUUCAACGUAAGCAUCACUAACCUCAAUAAUAAAAAAAGCCUUAAAGACGUGGAGGAACAUUGAUUGCUGCUACUAAGUUAGAAGAGUUAAAAAAAAAUUAGCCAUUUCUGUAUAAUGAACCUAAAGAAACUCCAUUUGAUGAUCUUUCUGAUAGAGGAAAGUUCUUAAAGAAUUAUAAAUUAGGAAAGUAUGUUUUUAUUUAGAUAUACUCUUAGCAAAAAUCUAUAGAAGAUUACUUAGAAAGAAUUUAGAAGUGUGACCAAAAAUUAUGAGAAACUUGAAGAUUAUGCAGAAUUUUAUAAAUAAUAACCAAAUAUUUAUCUUUAAUUAAAUAAGAGUUCAUAAAGUAAAUAGAAUAUGAUAUCUAUUUAGAACAUAAUAUAUUUUAAACAGGUUUAGGAUUAAUUAAUACAAAUUAUACAAUAAAGGCAGCAGAAUCAUCAGGAAUGUUGAGAAAUGAAUAAAAAAUAAAAGUAUUUACAGAGGCUUUAUAAUCACCAUAAUGUAAAACUAUAACUGAUUUGAAAUUGAGUCAUAAUUAAUUGACAUCACCUAGGUUUAAAACUUUGGUGUCUAAUUUUCCAUCUCAUGUUUAAGAUUUAGAUCUUGAUAAUAAUGGAAUAGAUUUUAAAGGUUGUGAAUUUUUGGCUAGGUACUUAUAAAAAUCAAGAGUGAAGAAAUUAUCUAUUGAAAAUAAUAAGAUAGGAGAUUAAGGAGCUAAUUAUUUAUUUUUGGCUUUAUUAGAUAAUGAUUAUUUGAAUCUUUUAAAUUUGAGUAGAAAUAAUUUGACUGGUAUUUUUGAUUGUAUUUAAUUUUAGAUGGUUGUUCUGUUGAAUUAUCAAAUUACUUAAAAAAGUCAAAUAUGUUAUUUGAAUUAUAUUUGCAUUUUAAUUCAAUAAGUAGUAAAGGAGGAUUGAUGAUAUGGAAAGCAUUAUAUAAGAAUUCAAGUGUAAAAGUCUUUGAUAUAUCAUAUAAUCAUACAUCAUCAUUUGAAUGUGCUCAAUAGAUGGCUAAAGUAAUAGCGAAACCAUAUCCAGAAUUAAUGCAUAUAGAUAUUUCACAUAAUGGAUUUGAUGAAGCAUCUGCAAAUGAAAUAAUGAAAGCUUUAAAUUCUAAUUAAAAUAUUUAUGGAUUUCAUUUUGAAGGAAAUUGCCCAAAAUUUUUGGUAGAUGCUACUGGUCAUCUUAUAAAUUAGGAAAUGUAAGAAUAGAUUAGAUAAAAGAAGAUUGAAUAAUGUAGAAAGAAUCCUUAAACAUCUUUACGUUUUUUAGAUGAUGAUAUAAAAUAUUAACCUAAAUAGGUUACAGAUAAAAAAUAAGAGAAAAUUUAAUAAGUACAUAGAUUUAGAAGAAUAUGGGGAAUGAAACCUGUAAAAUAAAAUUAAAAUUAUGAUAAAAAUAGAGAUUCUUGUUGGAUUUGUGAAGGUUGGGAAGAAGUUAAAUUUACUUGGAGUCCAGGAAAAUCAGGAGGAAUGAAUAAUGAUCCUAUAUUUUUACAUGUUAAUUUUGAUGGAUAUCGUCCAGUAUUGAUGAGUCCAUAUUAAGGUGAAUAUCAUUUAUAUAGAAUGUGUCCUCCAAAUUAGAAGAUUUUAUAUUUUUUUAGUAAUCCUAUUUUAGGAAUAUAAACAACAGCAAAAAAUUAAAUGAUAAUGCCUACUCCUGCUAAUGAUAUCAUAGCUUAAGGAACUUAAGAAUUUCUAUAUAAUGGAGAUAUUUUAAUUGAAGGAAAUAAAAUGUCAUUCGUAAAUGAAGUAUUUACUGAAGGUAAGUAAACAGUUGUUGAUAAAUAUGUUCCUAAAAUAUUUAGUAAACCUAGAGAAGAAGAAAGAACUUAUGAUUUAACACAAUAUAUGAAUAAGAAAUAAACUUUUUGGAGUUAUGAAAUAUCAAUAUUCAAAAACUAUUAACCUGAUAAUGAAGAAUUAAUUGAUGAAUGUUUUGAAUAUGAUUUUUAAUCUUCUAAAAUUAAUAGAAUUGUUCGUGAUCCUAAUGAAUUAUUAGAAGUAAAAGAACUACUUAGGGAAUAUUAUCCUUCAAUCUUUGCUAGUUAUAAAUUUUAUGCUUCUACUCUUAUUGGAUCAUCCGUAAUUAUAGUAUUUUAUUUAUUUUUAGAUACCAUGUAUAUCAUCGAAUGCUUUUUUUGAUUUUAUUGGAUAAACUACCGUUAUGAAUGAUAAAUUUAGACCUGGAGAUAUUGAUUUAAAUUUUAUCUCUACUUCUAACAUUAAGGAUAUCUAAUAUCCUAAUGUUUAUGAAAAAGCUUUGAUUAGAUAUUAAUUUAUGGAAGUUUUAGUUAGAAUUGCUUUAGAUAAAUAUACAAGAACUGGAAUUUGUAAAUCUAUGAAAUUGAGUGUUCUGAAAUUAUUUGAAGAUGAUUUAGUAAGAUUGAGAUUAUAAGAAGUUGAUAGAGCAUAAGAUUGGAGAGAUAUAAGAUUUUGGAAUGAACAAUGUGAUCUAUUAAUUAGUAAUUUUUAUUUAUUUUAUUAAUAGAGGAUCGAUUACCUAUGCUUAAAUUAUUAUUUAAAUUUACAUCCAAAUUGAACUCCAAAUAGAAAUUUUAUAAACAUACUUAUGUUCAAUUUAAGGAUUUUAGAGAUCUAUUACUAAAAUGUGAUUUGUAUUGUGAUACAUUUGUAGAGAGAGAUGCUUAUAUUGCAUACUUAUUAUCUAUGCAAACCUAAGUUGAUGAAUUAUAUAGUUUAAGACAUUUCUAAAUGGAGCUUUAUGAAUUCAUUGAAGCUUUAUGUAGAUGUGCUGAAAAAUUAUCUCUUAUUAGAACCAAAGAUACAAUGAAUGUAGAUGACAGAAGAAUGGAACCAUUACAUAAAAAAAUUGAUGCAUUGUUUUUGAUUAUUUAUUUAAGAGCAAGUGAUGCAAUCAAAUAAUAACUUAAAGAAUCUGAAGAUUUUUCAGAUUUUGAUAGAUGUAUGACAAGAAAAUAAAAGAAUAUUAAAUAAUAAAUUGAAGAAAUGGGCAGUGAUGAAGAUGAUAAACCUUACAAUCCUACAAUAGAAUUGACUAUUUUAGAAGAACAACUUAAAUAAACUUAAGUUCAAUCUGUUCAAUCUGUCCCAAAAUUAAAAAAAGCCUUGUCUUUAUUUACUGUAUUAAAGUAAAUGUAACAACAAAAACAACUUAAAUCAAAUUUCUUAUUGACUAAUGUUGUUUAAUAUUUUAAAUAGAGAGAAGAAGAAUAUCUGUAAAAUUAGGUUGAUUAAAAUUGA